UCACAAACUACAAAAACAACAAAGGUAACCUACAUAUACAUAUAUAUAUUAAGAGUAGCACAAGAAUAAUAUUGAUCAUUAUCAUGUCCGAUCAUUAUUAUCAUCAUAAUAACUCGAGUAGUACUAGUAGUUCUUCCUCUUCAACGCUAAAGCUAUUUGGUUUUCCCAUAACAGAAAAUGGAGAAGUGUUAUCAUGCACAUCAGAUAAUAAAAAAGAAGAUUAUCAUACCUCAUCACCAUCAAUGUGGGACGACAACAGAAAAUUCAAGUGCCAAUUCUGCCGUCGAGUUUUCGCCAACUCUCAAGCUCUAGGAGGCCAUCAAAACGCUCACAAGCGAGAACGUCAAAGGGUCAGUGCCCAAUAUCAGGGCCGGGGCCCACUUCUCGGCAAUGCGGGCCCAAUCAGCCCAGUACUAAGCCCACAUUCAAUAAGAUCAUUAUCAUCAUCAGCACUUUAUCCACCUGGAAGAUUCACAGGCUUUAAUAAUGAUAAUACUAGUACAGCUACUAUUCCUACUUGUUGCACCACCAUUAGCAGGUUUGAUCAUCACCGGUCACAACCGUCGCAGCAUGCGGUGGCGCCGCCUUCGUAUUCCCAUCAUCAUCGGCUUCCUGAUAAUACGCAGUACUGUUUGAUGUCGUUGAGGCCUAGAGAACAGUCGUUUUCAACCAGUAGUAAUACUGCUAGUGCUACUACUAGUACGCCCAAUCCAGAAGUUGGUCAUGUUGAUCUUCACCUUAAACUUUCUCUUUCCAGUUAAUUAAUUAAAUGAGAAUAAUUACAUUAAAAAAAACAAUUAAUAAUUUAAUUAUGCUCCAUUAAUUAAAUAAUAUUUUGUAAUUUUUUUAUCAUCACUUGGGAUUCCACCCUAUUCGUGCAUAAAUUAUGUCGAAAACUUUAGAAUUUCCACGUCGUAUUUUUCUUAAUUUUUUUCUUUCUUUUGUAUUAAUUAUUUGGAUCUGUCAUUUUUAUAGAUUCGAUUUGAUAAUUUAUUAGAGCA